CAGAGUCUCUGGUGGCAAGACCAUGAUGUCCUUCGGUGGGAUGGCAGCGCAUCUCUGGAGGGACAAGCUUCGGUCUGAAGGUUUGGGGAGAUAUGAUAAAGCUGGUCCAUAUGUAAACCAGGACUGUGAAGAGAUUAAGGCACAACGCCUGCAGGAUGGGCAGCUGUUCAGAGAUCCAUACUUCCCUGCCGGUCCAGAAGUUCUUGGCUAUAAGGAAUAGGGGCCCUCCUCAAUUCAAACUCAAGACAUCAAAUGGAAGAGGCCUCAGGACAUUGCAGAUGGCCCUCAAUUCAUUGGAGCCACUAGGACUGAUGUUUGCCAGGGGUCUCCGGGGGACUGCUGGCUCCUUGCUGCCAUGAGUUCCCUUACCCUCCAGGAAAAACUGCUCUACCAGGUACAAAGCUUCCAGGAGUACUACGCAGGCAUUUUCUACUUUCAGAUCUGGCAGUUUGGGGAGUAGUUAGACGUGGUGGUGGAUGAUCUGCUGCCCACAGAAGAUAACUGUCUAGUGUUUGUGCAGUGGGCUGAGAUGAAUGAAUUCUGGACUGCCCUGCUGGAGAAGGCCUAUGCUAAGCUGAAUGGUUCAUAUGAAGCAUUUACUGGGGGCACUUCAACUAAAGGCUCUGAGGACUUUAUAGGGGGUGUGGCUGAAACAUACAACCUCAAAUACCCCCCAAAAAACCUGCUUACCCUCAUCCAGAGGACCUUACAACGAGGGUCCUUAAUGGACUGUAGUAUUGAAGUAAGAGAUACAGAGGCUGUGACUUACAUGAAGCUGAUGAGGGGCCAUGCUUAUUCAGCAACUGAGCUUAAGGACAUCAGCUACCAGGGCAGAACAGAGAACCUAAUCUGUAUUCAAAAUCCUUGAGGCCAGGUGGAAUGGAAAGGAUCCUGGAGUGACAAUGCCAAGGAGUGGCUUGAAGUGGACCAACAAGUCCGUGAACAAUUGCUGCUCAGGCUGGAAGAUGGGGAAUUCUGGUCAGUAUACCUAGAUGGGAAUAUCUUUCUCAGAUUUCAACAGUUCUCAUACCUGGAAAUCUGUAACUUGACCCCUGAUGCCUUCAGCCAAGACAAUGUGAGCCAAUGGCACAGAACACUCUCUGAGGGCAGUUGGCGCAAAGGCAGCAUGGCAGGAGGUUGCAGUAAUUAUCCUUCUACAUUUUGGAUCAACCCCCAGUUUAAGAUUCAGCUGCUAGAGGUUGAUGAUGACCCAGAUGAUGAUGAGAUUGCCUGUAGCUGUCUGAUUGCCUGGAUGCAAAAGAACAGCCGUGCUCAGCAGAGUAGGGGUGGGGACAUUCACAGCAUAGGCUUUGUUGUUUAUGAGAUUUCACAGGAGUGCACUGCUAUGCUUACUCCCCCACCCCAUCCUGCGCCCAUGCAGUUGCAGGGCAUCAGCAAUAUACACUUGAAGAUGAAUUUCUUCCUGAAGAAUCAGUGCGUAGCCCAGUCUGAAAACUUCAUCAACCUGAGGGAUGAGAAAAUUAAUGAGGGUGAUGUGGAAGGAUCCCUUAAGAAAAUAUUUGAGCAACUAGAAGGAGAGGACAAGGAGGUUGACAUCCACGGGUUUGGAAAAAUACUCAACAAGAUGAUCUCCAAAGACAAAGACCUGAAUAUUGAUGAUUUCUGCCUCAUGUUCUGUCAGAACAUGAUGAACCUCAUGGAUACUGAUGGCAGUGGUCACCUGAGCAUGGUGGAGUUUCGGGUCCUGUGGAUCAAGAUUCAGAAGUGGCUGGCCACCUUCUGCAAAUAUGAUCCAGACAAGUCUGGCACCAUGAACUCCUACGAGAUGCGCCUGGCCGUGGAAGCAGCCAAUGAAGAGGGCGACUGGUGUUGGGGCAUCGAACUAAAGAAGUUGCUCCAGGUGCUAGUAUCCCACUAUUCAGAUGAGAACACGAGCAAGUUUAACAAAUUUAACUGCUGCCUUGUCAAGCUGGAGGCCAUGUACUAUUUUUCACUAACAUGGAUGUUGAGAAUAUUGGUCAAGUUGUCAUGCACCUACUCCAGGGUGGAUGGUAUUGACCAUGUGUGGAUAGAGGAACCCCAGGAGCUGCCUCCUGUCCCCUACAGUGGCAAAGGUGGGGGCCCAGCUGGAACUGGAAAGAAAUGUCAUCUUGCUACCAUCAUUCCUUCUACAUGUACAAGUUGGACAUGGAGCUGGGUUUGAGGAAGGAAGUCAGAUAGAUGUCUGGAUCAUCCAAGAGUUGGGGGUUUCCUGAGAUAGAGGUCUGGACCUCUAGCUUUAUUCUGUUCUCCUACAUUCCUGCUUUAGCCUCCUAUAUCCCUGACUUGAACAAUUUUGGACACAAACUCCAUAGAUUCUCCCAUUUCCCCAAGGGUCAGUUGGUUUUCUUCUCUAUCUCUAUAUUCUAGAUAAGAUUAUUUUAGGAAAUAAAAGUGUGGUCCUAAUGACCCCUCUAUAGCCUCCCUCUCUCACACACUCACUUUCCCCUAUCCCUUUACUCCAGUAGAUUCUGCUCUUGAUGGUGAGGGUCCCCACUCCUUUCCAUGCCUGGGAAGGAGGGAUACUAUAGAUUAUAAGGGGCAGCUCAGGCUUCCCAAUCUUCACACCUAGAAGACAUGAUCAUUUCUGAAACUGGCCCCCAUCCCCUUCUCUGUCAAGCACCUUACACAAGGCCACUAAUGGGAAAGAGAGGACUUUCCUUCCCAUCUUUCAGCCUAACCUCUAUUCUCACAGUCAUUAGUGAUGAGGGUAGGUAGGGCUUGUGCCUUUCAGGGAUCCACCACUAUCUUGCCACAUUGUCCCAAUACCAAUGUUAAGGUCAAACUGUCAGGGUCUGGAGGAAGAAUCUCUGGAUUGUCUUUUUCUUCUUGGUCUUAUCUCUUUUCUCCUUCUCUUCCUUCCUAGCUGGUCCCUGAGAUAGACAACUGUAUAGGGGGGAAGGGUGCAGGGAGGGAGUAAGGGAGGGUGAGUCUUGGGGGCACCAUUUGGGAAAAGACAGGAGAUGAUCUUCCUAUGAUCAUCACAACUUCUGGGCAACUUUCUGAAGACUCAGAAGAUUCUUCCCAAUAGUAGUUAGAAAAGGCCAGGGAGAUGGGGGAUGUUGCAUAUUCCCCUCCCCCAAUACAUAUGCAGUCCAGCCUUCCUGACUCUGAUAGGACCACUAAACACUCCUUUAUACACAAUCUAUCCCUCUAACUGCCUUAUCUUCUUGUUAAAAUAAA